AGCCAGAGACUGUCUGAUGGAGUCUCUAUUUUACAGCAGGGUUGAUAGUGCUUCUGUGGGCCCUGUGGUGGGUUGAAGUUGGGGGCUUGGGACAGGUGAUGUUAUGUACAGACUCUCUCUCAGCUCUAAUGGCAUUGAGGGGAGCCGAGAGAGGCAAUGCUAGAGUGGAAAUUAAAUUAUAUAACAGUAGAGAUGUUGAAAGUGUUUAAAUUUGGGGGGAUUUGGUUUGAUGAAAAGCUUAUUUGGAAUGUGCACAUUCCAAAAAUAAUGGACAAAUGUAAAAAAAGUGUUGAAUAUAAUAAGAUUUCUGGUAGGAAGUGACUGGGGGCAGAGAGAAAUGCAAUUAAUUCUAUUUAGAUUGUUAAGGUCAGUAUUGUAUUACGGAUGUGUGGUGUAUGGGUUUGCAGCAAAGUCAUCCCAUAAGAAAUUGGAUGGUAUUCAAUAUCAAAUUUUAAGACUGUGUUCAGGUGCACUGAGGACAACUCCCACACCAGCUCUAUAGGUGGAAUUGAGAGAUAUGCCUUUGGAAUUAAGAAGAGAACAGCUGUCAUUAAAUUAUUGGAUUAACUUAAAAGGACAUGAUGCAAAUCAUCUAACACAAAGUACAAUGAAGCCAAGUUAGGAAAAGGAGAAGAACGAAAUGAAAAGUUUUGGUUGGAUUGUUGACAAAAAAGCACAAGAAAUAAAAAUAAUUGAAAUAUGCAUCAGUCCAACAGUACCUCUUCCAGUGUUUCAGCCAUGGAUAAUGCAUGCCCUCAUUAAUUUAGAAUUACUUGAAAAGAAAGUUAAUCAUGGGCACAAUUUAAAUCAAGAGACAGUAAAGAGACAUAUAGAAAAAAAUAUUAUGGGUAUAUGCAGGUUUAUACUGACGCAUCAAAGAAUGUGAGAGGAAAAAUAGGAGUAGCAAUUAAGAUUCCAGAGUUCAACAUUAAGAGCAAUAAAUGAAUAAGUGACGGAGUAUCAGUAUACAUGGAGGAGAUGGUAGCAGUUCUAUUAGCAGUACAGUGGGUAGAAGAAGUAACAUCAUUUAAAACAAUAAUAUGUUCAGACUCAAGUUCAUCUUUAUUGCGCAUAAAAUAUAAAAUAUCAGAAAGCAGAGCUGAUAUUUUAUUAAAAAUCCAGCAAACAGUGUACAGAAUUCAAAGGAUGGGACUUAUUGUGGAGUUUUUGUGGGUUACUGCUCACAUUGGGGUAAAGAGAGCAGAGCAGCAGAUAAAUUUGCAAGGAGGGCUGCAAAUAGAAAAAAAGUAGAACUAACAGUAAAAAUGAAAUUAAGCCAGUAUUUAAAGGUAAGAUAAGACAAAAAUGGCAAAAGUGGUGGGAAGAGGAGAGAACUUGAAGGUGGUAUUACGAAAUUCAAAGAAAAAAUGGUAAAAUGAGAAGCACCAUGAAAGCUAGAAGAGAGGAAAUAAUUAUAUCAAGAUCAGGAUUUGGACAUACAUGACUUAACUGUGCAGCAUAUAGAAUUUGAAAAGUAAAUUGUUAAAUUUGAAGGUAAAUCUGUGCAUUGUGAUGCAGAAGAGACCGUGGAAUAUGAGAUUUUAUAUUUUCAAAAAUAUGGGUGGGAAAGAAGAAUUUUGGUGGGAAAGCUAAGAAAGAUUUGGGCAAAUGUGGAUAUACAAGAUAUUUUGAGAAGGAACUCAGUAGAUUUAUGUUAUAGUUUUUUUCAAUAUCUAAGAAUUACCAAGUUGAUUAAAAGAAUCUGAAGCGGUUGUGAAUUUAUAUUUAUCUAUUUAUUUAUUAGUACAGAGUAGAUAGCGAUAUCCUGAUUCACACUCCAUACCGGUAGGUGGUGGUAAUGCACCUAAUCGUUGUUUGCCAAUCGUCAAAAACCACUAAAGAAGAAGAAGAAGGAACUGUUGUUCCUGCCUUUGUCCUGUCCGGACUGCUUUUAGUGUGAGUCCAUGAUGGCAGCUGUGAUGGAGGCACACGUGCAGAUAACUGGUGAGUUAUAAUGACAGAGUUACUGAGUAUACAUCUGAUUACUGAGCUCAGUUGCUGGUUAACAGACCUGGUAGAUAAACGCUGUUUGUAAAGCAAGCUUAAUGCUGGUAGCUGCUGCUGCUGCAUGCUAACUCUGUACGAGAACACGCUAGGUGGCUAAUGUUGUCUUAGCACGCUGUCUGUGGUCCUGUGAGAAGCUGUUUGAUUAAAGCACGGCGUCGCUGAUGCGGGUUUAAGGUUUGAAAUGAAGACAGAGCUGAAGUCAGAGUCUUAUUCCCAGACUGCUUUGACGCUCAGAUGAUAACCUGAUGACCCCUGCAGCCCCAGAAACUGUAAAUCCCUAAUGCUGACAUGAUUCAGGUGUAUCCAUGCAACAGAAAGUGGACUGUUUAAUGACAAGUCAAUCUAAUUAUUCUUUAUUUAUACAGCGGCGCCAAAUCACAACAAUCGUUAUCCCAAGACGCUUUCAAAAAGACCAGAUCGAGAUCUAACUCAAGUAUUCGUUAAGUUCAGUGAAUCUGGCUCCAGAGCAGCUGCUCGUUUGUUGGGUUAUUUCCUUAUCUCCUUUUCUAAAGGAUGGUCAAGGGUUUUCCUGUAUGCAUACAGCUCCUAUAAUAGCCAGAGCUCAAUACUGAAUGGAUGAUUACAACAAACCCUUAGUCUUGUGGUUUAAUAUCAAGACUCUUCAUCAUCUAACCGUCCUGACUCAGCUGGACCCAAGGCUAUGAGAGAGAUACUAACUUUAUGUGUUGGAGUAAAGUCAGGGGUGAACGGUUGAUGGUUGAUAAUAAAAUUGUAAUACGUUUCACUUUAGCUCACACAUUUACGGACCACUAACACAGUUUACUUUGAGUUUCUGCUCCUGCAGCUCAGGUACAGUAUAAGCUCAUGAAGUCAGUGAGUCUUUUAGUAAUAAGACACUGUCAUAGAGCCUCUGAUGCAGACGAAUUUCCAACACUGUCAGAAACGGAUGAACUGUUGAUGUGUUACUCACAUAGACUGUAUAUACUAUGGACAACUUGGUUCUGCCUACCGCCUGUAUACGGAUUUGAAGCCAAAAAGCUCUCGGUAUUUCCAGGAUUUUUCUUCAUUUCCUGAAACCAGCAUUGCGCAGUCGCGUUGUGCGCAUUCGAUGGGAGAGUUGCUGAGAGUCACCGUGAUGACGCUCGGCUCAAAUAGCGUCUCCCCCAGGUGAGCUACGCAAUCCCUGAACGCCAAUAGGCUGUAUCAAGUGUCAAUCAAAGAAAACAUGAACCCCCUAAUAACUUUUAAAAACGGAGCUUCACAGAAAAAAGAGGACUUGAGCACAAACCAGUCUUACUGUAACUACAUGUCAACAUCACAAGCAGGGGGUAGAAAAAAUUAUGUUGUGUAAAAAUUUCUAAAGUUUGUCCACAGUCCCAUAAGCUUUGCUGGCGGAGGCGGGAUUUAUAACCUAUACUGCAGCCCAUCAACAGAGGGUGCUGUUCUCGAAGUGGCUUCACCCAGCAAGGAGGCAGACUCUGUCCAUUCCAUAUACAGUCUAUGGUUACUCAGCUGUUUGUAAUUUAAGUUUAUGAAGAAUCCUGCUGCUUUUUCUGUCACUCCUAACAGCCUCUCUGUGGGAUUAAAGUUGGAGGGCUUUGAUUUGAAAGAGGAAAAAAACACUAAGAUCUAAAUAAUGAUAACACUAAUGGAGUUAUUUACAUUUUUAAUUGUUAACAACGAAAAUAAAAAAUACACUGCAUUCUGAAUUGAGCUUCAAUUUAUUUUAUAUUGUGAUAUAAAUGACAGAAAGAGUGAAAAAAAUCUGUUUUUGCACAGAUUUGUGUAGCCUUGAUUUUGAUAGAUGAUUUUCUCUACCUGAAAGAAAAUGUAGAUUAAAAGAAAAAAAUUAACAAUCAGUGACUUGAUACUAAUAAUCAGAUGAAAUGUUUGUUUUCUGUGAUUCAGCAGAUGACUCAGAGCCUCGGAUCCAUGACCACAGUGAGAGUGAUGAAGGAGAGGAGGGGGAGGAAGAAGAAGUGGAGGAAGAAGGGAGUGAUGGAGAGAGGGCAGAGGAUGGAUUUACAGAGGACGAGGAUGAUGAUGAUGAUGAAGCAGAGGAUGAGGAUGGAGGUGAUGAGGCAGACAGUGAGGAUGUAGAAGGCAAUGCUGAUGGUGAUGAAGGUGAUGAAAACCCUAACUCCGGCUGGGCUGAGGCGAUGGCAAAGAUCCUGGGGAAGAAGACCCCAGAGAGUCAGACCAGCAUCCUGAUGAAGAACAAAGAGCUGGAGAAGAUAAAGCAGAGAGAAAGAGAGGAGCAGCUGCAGAAGAAGACACAGGUCAGCUUAUCAUAUCAAGGGAUAAAUGAUCAUAAUCACUCUAACAUGUUAUAGAACAUAGGUUCAGAGGAAGUUCAACAGAUGAUUUGCUGAUACCUUUUUUUCUGUGUGUCUGUUUGUGUCUGUCUGUGGUAUCCUUGUGUGUGCGUGUUGUCUUCAGGUUGACAAGAAAAGAGCAUGGGAGAUGAUGUGCAGAGUGAAGCCUGAUGUGGUGAAGGACAGAGAGACUGAGAGAGCUCUGCAGAGAGUGGCCACCAGGUGAGUUAUCUGUCUGUGUUACAGAGGUAGCAUCACUUAAAGAGAUAUUCCGGCGUAAAAUUAAGUUAGGGUCAAACACACCGUAACACUGAGUUAGACACCCCCUCGAAAGAUGAAUGUUGCCAACCGCUUGCUUCUCUAGUUAUACCAACUUUAGUAACGACCGCAUGAUAGCAAUACACAGCAGUCUGAGGAGCCAUAAACAAACCUCAACCAAAACGCCACUCUAUACAGUGUUUCCCCAAGGACUGGGGAAUCCUAAUACUAGGUGCGUGCACAUAUGAGUCCAAGAUAGAGCUAUGUAAGAAACACCUCAUUUUAGAGGUGUGGCAGCUUUUAUUUAGCCAUGGUGGUGCGCCAUAUUUAAUUGCAUGUAGGGGAAACCCUGCUAUAGCCACAAAUAAUUCUCAGAACAGCAUCUAGCUUUAUCAACAGUACAUAUAGCGUCCCAGCCAUAGUACCAGCCACCAAACAUCUUUUUUAGUUUUGUCUGAUUUCUUUAGCAAAGAGACCAAACACAACUCAUCUACUCUCCUCCAGCAGCCACUUGUUUGUAGGGAGACCUCGGACGAGUCGAUCACCGACUGCAGUGGGGCGACGCAGCUGGGGAGAAUGUUUAUGACCGUUACUUCAUCAUUUCCUUGAAGUAAUAAUCAUCAUAUUAAUCAUUUUGCACUGUAGACGCGGCGAUUCUUCUGCCUUAGUGUCUUGGUCUGAUUGCAUUAACAUGAAGUAAUAAUCAUAAGCUGCUGCUUGAGGAGAGUGGGUGAGUUCUGUUUAAUCACUUUGCCGAAGAAAUCAAGCAAAGCUAAAAAGAUGUCUGGUGGCUGGGACCCUAUAUGUACUGUUGAUGAAGUUAGGUGCUGUUCUGAGCAUUAUCUGUGGUUAUAGAGUGGCUUUUUGGUUGAGGUUUGUUCAUGGCUCCUCAGACCGCUGUGUAUUGCUAUCGCGUGGUCAUUACCAAAGUUGGUAUAACUAGAGAAGCAAGUGGUUGGCAACAUUGAUCUCUGGAGGGGGUGUCUAACUCAGUGUUACAGUGUGUUUGACCCUAACUUAAUUUUACACCUAAAUAUCCCUUUAAGGACAGGUGGUUGACCUGUGACCUUUGACCUGUGUGCAGGGGAGUGGUGCAGCUGUUUAAUGCAGUGAGAAAACACCAGAAGACAGUGGAGGAGAAGGUGAAGGAGGUGGGAGGCUCAGAGAGGAAGAAAGCCAAGCUGCUGUCGUCUGUCUCCAAGAAAGACUUCAUCGAUGUGCUGAGGGGGAGUGAGGGAGGAGGGGGAGGGCAACAACCGACUGACAAGGUGAGUUUAGACACAUAUUACAGGUUGUAUUACAGUGUAUGUUCCUGAUUUCUGUUUUAUAGACCUCAGCUCUGAGUAUAGAGCAUGUGAAAACACAGUUGAAACACAUUAGGACCACAAUGAUACAUAUAUAUGUAUAUAUAUAUAUAUAUAUAUAUAUAUAUAUAUAUAUAUGUGUGUGUAUGUAUGUAUGUAUAUAUAUAAUAAAUCAGAGCUAUAAUCUUGGUCUGUGUGUUUAGGCUCCUCCCCCCACAGAGGACCAGAAGCCGUCGUGGAGCGUGCUCAGGGACGACUUCAUGAUGGGAGCAUCCAUGAAGGACUGGGACAAACAGAGCGAGGAAGAGGAGGGGGGUGGGGGUGGAAGUGACACAGACUGACACACACCGUCAGUGAAGGGGCCGUGGUGCCUUCAGGGAACGUGGAGAAGAUGGACUGUGCGGACCCGCCUGCUCAGGUGGGAUUGAGGUGAUGAAGAUGAGCAGGAGGAGAAGGAGGGUUUCUGAUUAUGAAAUAUCUGAUUCUGAAUAUGAACAGAAUUUUAAAGAUUAUAUUUUUAAAAUAUAAACGUGAUGAGCAGAGAGAACAGACCUCUGUCUGUUAUUAUCCACAGGGGGCACUCUUACAACUACGGAGGCACAAUAACAACAGGACCAGCUGUUUUGUGCUGGUCCAUGAUUCUAACCCUCCUCCCCCAUGCCUCCCCCAAAAGAGAAGGACAUUUCACCAUCUCUCAGUGUUGAUGGUGAUGCAGGGUUAGGGAGAGUAAUCUAUAUUUUGCUUUUUUCAGUGCAGAUGUCACACUGCAAACUGUCCUGUUAAUGAGAGAGGAAAAGCGUUCAUUUUCACGUGUGUGUGUCAGUGUUUAUUUCCCUCUCUAAAGCAGACAGUUCCCCUCUCCCUCACAGUGAACUUCUUCCUGAUCGGCUUGUGGUAAACACGCUGAUUAAUGCUUCAUUCACACUGUGGAUUCACCCACUCUUAUCUCUCUCCAGCUGAUGCUGAACCCUCCACUCUGAACUAAGCCACCUUUUUACUUUCUUUUUGAACACAACUCAAAGAUCAGUUGUGUUUAUCCUCAUUUUUUUUAGAGUUCAUCUCUUCAUCCUGUGCUGCGGCAGAGGAAGUGCACUGUGCCUAAGCAUGAUGCAGAGCACUCGCAUUGGAUAAACUGGACUGCAGGACUAAAACAUGCUGGAAACACCACAGAUUAACUUUAAGCCCGUGCACCUUCACAGACAGGGUCUGGUACUGGAAGACCUUCAGUGUAGCUUUCAGUUUGUUUGCUCUGAGCUGUGAUGCAGUCUGUAAAUAUGAAUGUUUGUAAUAAACUGAUUUAUCACUCUGUC